CGCAACAGCAUCUAGCGCUCCAUCACAUCCAUACACACUCUACAUAAAGACCAACUCAAGCGCCUAACAGAACCAUUAAAAUGCCUUUAAGCACAAGGCUUAUGAAGCCCCAAGCCAAGAAACCAGACAAGCUUCCAGUUUACGAGCCAAACAUCCCUGAGCCAACAUCUAGAGCGGAGCUGCUCAAAUACUGGAUCGUUCUUUCAUUGGACGAGCGAACUGCCAAUAAUGUUCUGUGGCUGUCAGAAGGCGGGUCUAAGGUGUCCCGUCUGAUGACUGAGGUGUGUCCUUGCCUCAAUAGGCCAGAGAGAUUUGAUCACUACCCACAGGUGAUGUGUAAAGAGUCUAUCUGGGCAUCUCGCUGUUAUUGGGAAGUGUCGUGCUCAGGUUGGGUUGUCAUCGGUGUGGCGUACGAGGGUGCUGGCAGGAAGAUAGGCGACGGUCAAUGUGGCCUGGGGGAGAACGAGGAAUCAUGGGCUCUGGGAUGGGACGGGUCCUGUUAUGACGCCUGGCAUAAUGGAGUCAGCAUGAGGGUUUUAGACAUGCCUCACUGCAGCACCAUAGGGGUGUAUGUGGACCAGCCGGCCGGCCUGAUCUCCUUCUUCACCGUGGAAACGGAAGAAAGUUCCAAGAAAAAGGAUGUGAAACUUAUUCACAGGUUCAAGAAUCCCAUAAAAGAGGGAAUUGUGCCAGGUUUCUGGAUGGGAAGCACUUCGUCAUGUCUAAUCCUGAAGAAAGAAGAAUGAGAUGAAAAAUAUAAAUGGUCAGUGUAAAGAUGUUUAAUUCAGUUUUAAAUAAUAAAUGUCAAAUUUGCAACGGAGAGACCGGGGUGUCUUGUAACACAUUAUUAUGACAUUCAGGCUACACCAAUGCUUAAAUGAACCUGGCAAAUCUUUUACAUCAUGUUUCUUGUAACAUAAUGAUUUGAAUGGGAUUAUGGGUAAAUAUUUAGAGGGUGAGCUCUGUCUAUAUGCAUAUCGUCGCUGUCGGGCGGAAUCCUUGCAUCUCCAAACCAUUAUUUUUCAGGAAAUAAAAAAACUGCAUUUUUUUAAUAUUAAACAUUGUAUCGUUAAAAUUGGUAUUAUACCUUAUAUUGCUAUCAUAUACAGUUGUGGAUAAGCAUUAACAAAACAUUUCCCGAAAACCAUGUUUAAUCGGAGAUACAAGGUAAAAAAUAGCCGGGAGAUAUGAGAUUACGCUGUCAUUGAUAAGAAUGGUACGGACACAAACGUUGCUGCUGCCAGCAGUGUUCAUCAAAGUCUGCGGUCGCGUUGAGCCGACGACGAGGCUUUAAGAGCUAAUGAAAGCAAAUGAUCGUGGUUACAUACAUAUUCCUAAAGUCUUUUUUAAAUGUUAGAGCUAUGAGUGAUGGAAUAUCAAAAUAAAACGUUAACCGACUAGACUAUUUUAUAUAGGCGGAAAUUAAUCUGCACGCAAAUAAAAUUGGCGGUCGCGUUGACACUCUUGACAAGAGAAAAGGCUUCAAUAGUUUACCAAAACUAAUGACUUUGGUAACGUACAUCGUCCUAAACUCUAUUUUAAAGGUUUAAGAACUAUAAGUCAUGCAAUACAAAAAAUUAUGAGCUGACUAGGUUGUCUCAUAGGUGGAAAUUAGCCUAAUCUGGACGCAAAUUAACAUAGCUCACGGGUUUCCUUCUGCACCGAAGCAUUACAGCUAUCGAUUUUAACACAACAGGACUACUCAAAUGUAUCUAACAUAACUAUUUUCACUCGUUAUUGUCUAAAAAACAAACAGAGUUAUCCGACUUUCAAUCAGGCGACGUUAUGACGAGAGGCUCCCGUAGAGUUGGAGUUACGAGACUUCUCAAACAGUUGAAGUGUCUAAUGGAGUUAAGAGAUUUACUCUCAAACGAUUUUCAACACUUUAGAUUGGUUAAUAAUUUGUAAAAAUAACACACCCACAUCGGAUCUGAAAUAUGAAAUUGACAAAAUUUGGACAUAGGAGGUUUCCGCCCAAAACAGCGACGAUAUUCUUAAUUUCUGGACGAUAUAUUCAAUCUGGUGAAAAAAACUCAGGUCAUUGAGAUUUUAUACCUACCUCUCCAGCGGCUUAGAGCACAUGUCAUCUCCAUUUGGAUUCUUGAAGACAAUGUUUUUUUGAGAAAGUUUCAUUUGGAAAAGCCAUCAGUAAACUGGCUUUAAAUCAUUUCUCUGUUGUCAGAUCACACUGAAGUACAUUGCAGUACGUUAGGGAAGUUUGUAAAAUCUGUUUUUGAACAAUAUGUUAUUAUUCACGGUAUAAUGUUCCUCAGUUUGUUUUUCAACUAUUCAGAAUGAUUGGCUAUUUAAAUUUCAAGAUUGCACAUUUGUAAACCCUAGAAAUUCUUGACAUUAAACAAUUGAAU